AUGGAAAAUUUUGCAUAUAUUGACAAAAAUGUCUAUAUAAAUAUUUUUAUGUUAAUUUUAAAAAAACUAAAGGAAUAUUUAUUAGGGGUAGGCAUUUUUAAAUUAUUUUUUUGUUUAUUUAUAAUACUCUUAAGUAUAAUUUUUGCGAAACGAAGUAAAAAAAAAAAAAAAAAAAUUAAUGUAUAUCUCCAGUUAAAUAGGAAUAAUACUAAAAAUAAUGAAUUAGUAAUAAAUGAUGACAAGACAUUAUAUAACGAUGAAGAAAAAACAAAUAAUCAUAAUAAAGAGGAAAAAGAAAUAGAAAAUGAAGCAUAUCACAUAACCCACAGUUCACACAUAUUUGAUCUAAAAGUUAUAAGCACAACAGAAUUAUGUAAUGUGUGCAAUGAUAAUAUAUAUGCAUUUAUUUUUAACAAAAAAAAUAUAUUUGAAUGUGUUAUAUGUAAAAAUAAAUGCCAUAUUGAAUGUGCUCCAAAUUCAAAUUUAAUGAGCUGUAAAAAUUCCGUAUUUUUUAAAAAUAAGCAUAAAUUUAUAAAAAUCAAAAAUACCUUAUGGAACGGUAAAUGUGACAUUUGUAAUCAAAAUUUUUCUUAUUUCUUAUUUUCUCUAUAUGGAAUAAAAUAUAUAUAUAAAUGUAUGUGGUGUAAUAAAUAUUUUCAUGGAAAAUGUAUAAAUAAAAAAAUAUGUAAAAAAAUAUAUAAAAAAAUAAAUAAUAAUAAUAAUGACACUAACACAAAAAACGGUGACUUAAUAUGUGCUUAUGGCAAUAAUCAAUAUAUUUUAUACCCCUAUGAAAUAUCUGUUAAAGAAAAUUAUCUAUUAUAUUUUUUAAUUCAAUCAUAUCAAAAAAUAAAUAAAGCACAAAUUAAAAAGGAUGAUAUAUUACUAAGUUAUAAUGAAACGCAAUCAGAAAAUUACACAUGUGAAGAUGAGUUGGUAAUAGAAAAGGAGAUAGACAAAUUUUCAAUUCAAAUGUUCGAAAAUGAUAAAAAUAGGGAAUUAAUAUAUUUUAAUUAUCUAAAUAAUGCUAAAAAAUAUCAAAGUUUAAUAAAUUCACAAAUCAUAAAAAAUGAUAAUAAUAAUAAUAACAGCCCAAUAAUAGACAAACAAAACCAUACAAUACAUAUAAAUACACUUUUGAAUUUUUUACCUAUACAUGUACCCAUAUAUGAAAUAAAUACUACAAAUAAAUUUCUUCUAAUAUUUGUAAAUGUAAGAAGUGGGGGUCAAACAGGAAAAAAUUUGUACAGAGAAUUAUUAAUGCAUUUUAAUCCACUACAAAUAAUAAAUAUAGAAAAUGAAUCAAGUGUUAUAAAUACCCUUAAUAUGUAUAAAGAAAUGUUAUAUCAAAAAAAAGUUAUUAUUUUUUUAUGUGGUGGUGAUGGAACUAUAAGUAUUUUUAUCGAUACUUUGAUCAAGUUUUUUUACAACAAUACUCCUUUUAAUAUAUAUGAGGAAAAUGAAAAUUUUCCAAAAAAAAAAAUACAAAAAAAAAAAAUAUUUCAUAUAACUGAAAAUUCUAAUAAAAUAUCUAAUAAAGCUAUUACAUUUUUUAAUAAAUAUAUUAUGGCAGCUUCAAAAGUUGCUCUAAAAAAAAGUGGUAAUAAUACUUCAAAAAUUAUGUUAAAUAAAGAAAGGGAUGAAACAAAAUCUGAUUUUAUCAAUAAUUCCUCUGAUACAAAAAAAUCAAUAUCACUUUUAGAAAACGACGAAAUAUAUUCACUCAUUGAAGACAAACAUAAUAUGAGCAAUGAAUGUGAUGAUAAGGAUGAUGAUAAUAAUGUCCUAUUAAAUAACGGAACAAACAUUUAUAGUGACCUUUAUAAAAAUUAUGAUGAUAAUAGUUUUAUUAAUAGAGGCACAAAAACUGAAAUUGACUCAAAUGCAAGUCUAAGCAACGAAAGUAUUUCACAUAUGAGUCCAUUUCCAAAUAGUGAUUCUAUGUGUAAUAGUUUCAGAAAAAAUGUUAACAAAAAAAAAUAUAUAAAUUUACUUGAAAAUGUUAACAUAUAUAAAGAUAAAAAAGAAAAAGAUGAUAUGUAUAUAGAUCAAACUUUGAACGACUCACAUAUUAAUAAGUCUGUCGUUGAAAAUUGCAAUAAUAAUGAUAAUGGUAAUAAUAAUUAUUGUGGCUAUAUCUCAGGAUAUAGUAACAACUUUAUUGAUAUAAAUAAACCAUGGAAUAAUAACCAGUCCUAUAUAUAUUCUUGUAGCUUAAAACAUAACAAAACUGAUAGCAACAUUAUAUAUCAUGAUUAUAAAGAAAAUGAAAUCGAAUAUAUGCCCACAGAAACAAAAUUACAUAAUAAUAACUCAUCAUAUUAUAAAGAAAAUGACAUUAUAAAUUCUUCGAUAAAAUAUGGAAAUAAUAGUUCUGAUCAAGUUCAUUCAAAUUAUUAUCGAGAUGAUGAAAGUUCAGAUACAAGUGAAAGUUUGUAUGAAGAAGAAAAAAUACAAAAAAAAAAUAAUGAAACAAAAACAAAAACAAAAACAAAAAAAUGGUUGAGAUAUAUUAGUAAAGAAUCUGAAAAAAUACAUAAUAAAUUUAUAAAAAAAAAUAUAAACAAAAUUCAAGAACGAUUUAAUCUAAAUAAAUCACAACCAAUUGAAAGUGACAACUCUUUAUAUAAAUUUCAUAAAAAUGGAAAAAAUAAAUAUAAAAUUAUCAAUAAAAAAAAACAUAAACAAAUUGAUAGUAUAAAUGAUAAUAAUUCAAAAACAUCAAAUAAUAAAUACACAGUAAAAUCAUAUAUUGAAAAUACUCCCAUAGGUAUAAUGCCAUUAGGAACUGGAAAUGAUUUGUGUAUUAGUUUAGGUUGGGGAGGUUCAUAUAUUAAUAAUAUAUCUUUAUAUUUAAAUAAAAUAAAACAUAGUAAAAAUAAAUUAGUAGAUGUAUGGAAUAUUAAAGCAUAUGAUUUGAGUAAUAACAUUGUUCUAAAUAAUACUUUUAUUAAUUAUUUUGAUAUUGGGCUUAUAUCAAGAUUAGCAUUACAUUUUGAUAAUAUACGAAAACAAUUCCCACAUUUUUUUAACAGUAGAUUAGGUAAUAAAAUAUUAUAUGGAGAAAUUGGAUUCAGAGAUUUUUGUUUUAAUACAUAUAAAUAUAAACUUAAUAAACAUAUCAAAUUAUAUUGUGAUGGAAAAAGAGUUAAAAUAAAUCAUGACUUGGAAAGUAUAUGCUUUAUAAAUAUACCAUAUAUUUUAGGAGGCCAUAAUAUAUGGAAAGAUGAUAAUUUACAAUAUUGCUAUUAUUCUGAUAUUGAAAAGGGAUAUUAUGAUGAAAAUGAAAAAGAUAAAAUAAAAGACAAUAAAAAAUUAACAAAAAAAGUGACAAAACUGAAAAAAAAAAAUAUACACAAUAAAUCAACGAAUGCACAAAUACACACACACGACGAAAGUUGUGAAAAUUGUGAAAACUUACAUACUCAAUCUUUAGAAAAUAUAAAUAAUCAAAGAGGAAUAUCUAAAAGCUGCUUAUAUAAAUGCUGUGAUAAAAUGAAAGAAAAUAUAAAACAUAUAGACGACGAAAAUAACACAACAGAUUAUAGUAAUAUAUACAAACCACAUAAAUUAUAUCUUUAUAAACGUAAAAAAAAUUCUCAAAUGUACAAAAAACAACAAAUCGAUGAUAAACUUAUUGAAGUUUUUGGAAUUAAAAAUAUAUUUCAUUUAGUUCAAGUGCAAUUAGGAUUAUCUGGCCCAGUAAAGUUAUGCCAAGGGCAUGAACUUUUUAUUAAAAUAAGUAAAAAAUUUAUUCAAAACAAUAAAAUGUAUUUUCAGUAUGACGGAGAACCCGUUUUUCUUAAAAUUUGCAAAUUGCAUUUCACACACAAAUGCCAAUGUUUGUUUUUGUCUCCAAACUCACCCAUUCUGUAA